UAACAUUUUUCCUUAAAGUAUUUAAACUUGUGAUAAUGCCUUACUAUCAUCAUUCACAUUCCUUUCUUUGCCGAGAGCAAACCAAAAUAUACACUAUAAAAAUGUUCAAACAGGUAAUCUUCGCUGCUCUCCUCGCUGUUGUGGCUGCUAAGCCUGGUAUCCACUCCGUAGCCUACCCUGCGUCCUACAUAGCCGCUCCAGCUUUAGCCUACAGUGCGCCAGUCGCUGCAGCUUACACUGCUCCUGUUGCCGCAGCGUAUGCGCCUUAUACUGCAGCAUAUACUGCUCCAGUAGCCGCAGCGUACACAGCACCUGUAGCCGCAGCGUACACUGCUCCAGUGGCUGCAGCAUAUUCUGCUCCAUUUGUUACCGCAGCGUACAAAGCUCCCGUUUUUCUCAAGUAAAACUAAAAUUACUGUGAAUUUAUGAAGAAGACGACGAUGGUUAUACAAAUAAACGAUUGUGAUAUGUACAGUUAAA